AUGAGUGACGGUGAUAUCGACCAGCUCGCACGUGGAGAGGAUUAUGAGCGCGAGCGGUUGGACAAUAUCCGGGAAAGAGACGCUCUGCUCCUAUCCCUCGGCCUCGAAACCAAACCCCAGCCCGCUCCACGCACCAGCACGCCCGUCAAGAGACCGACGCUUUCGAAAGAAGAAAAGCAGAGGAGGAAAGCGUCGAAAAUGAAGGAGCUCGCUGUGCGGCGGGAACAGCCGACGAGGAAGAGUAGGCGGGUUGAGGAGAGGGAGGAUGGGAAGGGGAGGGAGGGGCGGGAUAGGCGAAGAACACCCUCCCCUGGCCCCCGGUACGACCCCCUACCCAAAGCUAUCGCCCCCACCCUCGCUCCCGGCCCCGACUACGCAGAAGCUGAAGGUGAAACGUAUUAUGAACGCGCCCCAAGACCGACGAGAGGGCAAGAUGGGCGGCUCGAGUUUGAAGGUCGGUUCAAGGGGGUUUUUGCACCGAAUCUGACGCCGGAGGAGAUGUUUGCUGGAGGCGCUUUUGGGGGUGGGUUCUUCCGGGACGUGUAUUCGCGCGUUGCCCACAGGCAAUUAUCCUCUACAGAAUCCACAGCCUCCCUCCCCUUCUCCCCUUCCUCCUCCGCCCUCCCGCCCCACCUCUACCCCCGGCUGCUCACGAACCCCACCCCGCAAGCGUCGGUCAACAGAUUCAAAGUCAAGGCAGGGCAGAGUUUGCAAGAGUGGGAAGAGGCUGGGUGGAUUUGGGCGGGGGAUCCGAGGGGGUGGGCGGAGUGGUAUGUGAGGUUUUGGGAGGGGAGGAGGGGGGGGGAUGAUGGGAGGCAGGUUAAUCGAUGGCUCAAAGUCGCCGGCCCCACAGGCCGUUUCAAACGCGCCCUCCUCAAGAAACUGCUCCAAGCCGGCGCAGGCGCAGGCGGGAACGGGAGCGGGAGGGAGAUGGUGGAGGUGGUGGAGGAUGAAGAUGUGGGGCGGGUGUUGAGGCAGUGUUUGUGGCAGUGGGGGUAUGUGCUGGAUGGGGGGGAGUUUGAGAGGGCUUUGGGGGGUUCUUAG